AUGGAGGGCAAAAAGCUGGAGGAAUCAAUGGAAGGAUCAGAUGAGAAACCACCUCAAACCAUGGAAGACUGGUGGGAAGAGGACGACACCACCAUGAUGAUGGUGGAGUCCAGUUUCAGCGGAUACAUAUCCCAAAGCCUAGCCAUGAGCGACUCAUGCGAGGUCCUAGAUACUAGGCAAAAGCAAGUUCAUCAAGAUCCCUUUAAUUGGAAUCCAUUUCCCUAUAUCUUGCCACAACUACAACUACAGCAAGAUCCUUUUUCUUGGACUCCAAUUCCUGAUAAAGAGCAACAACUACAAGUUCAUAAACUCCCCAGUUCUUGGACUCUAGAGCUUCAGAGGAGAUUUUUGGAUGCUGUGAAUGCCCUUGGCGGACCCGACCGAGCUAAACCCGAGGCGAUCUGGACGUUGAUGGAUGGUUCCAGUGAUCUUCCUUUAAGCGUCGUACGUGUGAAAUUACAACUGCAGAUAUAUAGGAGGAGAAGAGUUACCGCGCUGUCAAACGAAAUCUCCAGAAGGAAUUAUUCCUUGUCAGUUAUGGUUAGGGAUAUCAAGAGAAGGAUCCGCUCUUUAGUAGAGCAUUCCUGUUAUAGUCCAAACGAAAAUUUCGUCUGUGUCAUUUCUUGUGGUGGCAAUGAGCAGGACACAAAGGAGACAGUUUUCAUUGAUGACGUCUUAAAUGAGCUGCAGAACCUAGCGGUCAUUGCUUUAAGAUAUGAUCUAGUUACUACUGACACACGGACGAUGUUUCGACGCCUCAAAGCCUUAUAUGGUGUUUUCAUUUUGGUAUUUUCAGAGGGUUACACUUCCCCUCAAAGCCUGGAUCGACUCGUGAUACUCAUGGAAUACAAGAAAGCAAAUGGCCUCCUAGUUAUUCCCGUUUUUAAUAAUGUCACAGUGGUCCGGGAUCCAAAAGCCUUUAUUGAGGAAACAUUUUUAAAGCUUGAUACCUCAGUUCAUGCAGAGCGAGUUCAGAAAUGGAGAGAAGCAAUUAUUGAAUUCGCUCUUACCAAUGACUUUAAAUGGAUAGGCGGGACUGAGUUUAUACUUCCCAAGGAGAUUGCUAGAUAUGCGUGCUUGAGAUUAUAUUCUAUCUCUUCCAACAACGUUACUGGAAUGUACUCAUUGCUAAACACCUGGCCGCUUACAGACAUUCAAAUAAUUGGGAUUUGGGGUAUGCCUGGCGUAGGUAAGACAACUGUUGCUGGAGAGAUCUUCAGAAGACUGGCUCCAGGUUAUGAUUCAUGCUACUUUCUACAGGACUUUCAUCUAAUGUAUCAAACAAAGGGGCUGAGUCACUUGCGGGAUGAAUUCUUCUCUAAACUAUAUGGGGAAGAAAAACUUGUUAUAGAUGCUUGUGAUACAAACCCAAGUUUCUUGAAGGAUAGGUUCCGGAGUAAGUCGGUUCUUGUUGUUAUUGAUGAUGUGAGUAACGCUAGAGAUGCAGAAGCUUUAGUUGGAGGGUUUGAUUGGUUUUCUUGCGGACAUCUAGUCAUCUUUACCUCUAGGAACAAACAAGUUCUUGUACAGUGUAAAGUCAAAAAGUUAUACCAGAUCCAGAAAUUAUCCGAGUCUGAGUCUUCUCAAUUUCUGUCUCUGUGUGUCCCUGGACAAUACGAGCCCAUGCUGAACGCAGAGUUGGUGAGAUAUGCCAGUGGCAUUCCAUUGGUUCUCAGUGUUUUAGGUUCGUGUGUAACAAACCAGUGUACAUUCAGUGAGAAAGAACAACUGAAAACGUUGCGCCAAAAUCCUCCCACUGAGAUUCAGGAUGCAUUUCGAAGAAGCUUUGAUGGUCUGAAUGAAAACGAGAAGAACAUAUUUUUGGACCUUGCUUCUUUUUUCAGAUGGGAGAACAGAAAUCAUGUGAUACAAAUACUUGAUGGCUGCGGUUACUUUACAGAGUUGGGAAUUUGUGGUCUCCUCGAUGAAUCCCUCAUUGAUCCUAUAGGUAAUAGGAUAGAGAUGUCUAACGUGGUCCAAGAUAUGGGUCGGUUUGUUGUUUGUGAAGAAAGCAAAGAGCCAGGGAAGCGUAGCAGGUUGUGGGAUGCUAAUGAAAUCGUUGAAGUAUUGACAAACAGUUCUGGAACAGAAGCAGUUGAAGGCAUAAUUCUGGAUAUGUCUAACUUGACCUGUGAGUUAAGUCCUACUAUAUUUGAGAGGACCUAUAGACUUAGAUUGCUAAAGCUCCACUGUUCAAUUUCUGGAAACCGUUGCAACCUUUGUCUCCCUCGAGGCCUCGACUCUUUGCCUGAUGAGCUACGACUGCUCCACUGGGAGAGUUACCCUCUGAGAUCCUUGCCACGAAACUUUAAUCCUAAAAACCUUGUGGAACUGAAUAUGCCGUAUAGCAAAAUGGAGAAGUUAUGGAGAGGGACAAAGAAUCUCGAGAAGCUUAGGAAGAUCAGACUGAGUCACUCCCGACAGUUGACUAAAAUCCCGCGGCUUUCAAAGGCCUUGAACCUUGAGCAUAUUGAUCUCGAAGGAUGUACAAGUUUGGUGAAAAUUAUCUCAUCUAUCCAACAUCUUGACAAGCUUGUUUCCUUGAAUCUGAGAGACUGCUCUCGUUUACAAACUAUGCCUGUCAUGAUUCACUUAGAAUCUCUCGAAGUUCUUAAUCUAUCUGGCUGCUUAGAUCUCAAGGACAUUCAGGAUUUCUCACCAAACCUGAAGGAGCUGUAUCUAGCUGGAACUGCCGUAAGUAAUAUUCCAUCUUCCAUAGAGAAUCUCACUAGACUUGUUACAUUCACUAGACUUGUUACAUUAGAUUUGGAGAAUUGUAGUCAACUUCUGCACCUGCCGCAGGGGAUAAGUAACUUGAGAAAUAUGGUCACACUUAAGCUGUCUGGCUGCUUAAAGCUAAAGAGCCUUCCAGAUCUUGAUGCAACAAUUGUAAGAUGCUCGGAAAGUCUUAAUACAGAGAUAACAACAAUGGAAGUACCUGAGCCCUUGGUACAUCAUUCCGCUAUUCAAGAAUCAAGGUGGAAUGACUGUGAAACUCAUGAUAAGUUGCAGUUAAGACCAGAGAUUCUUGAUUCGUGCCUUGACAACUCUGCCAUACAAGAGUCUGUAGCGGCAUUUGUUCCACAUAUUGGCGAGAUUCGGCAGCAUUACUGGCCAUGGUCCAUUAUUACACUGCAGCCCUUGUCAAUUCUUCACUUCUUGGCAUCAAGACUGUACGCUCUAGUGUCUUUGUUCCUUUCUAAUGCAUGCCUUGUGGAUAUACCAAAAGAGAUAUGCGAGAUUCCAACAGUAAACGCAUUGGAUAUUGGUGGAAACGGUUUCAGGACAAUUCCUGAAAGCAUCAGACUGCUCCCUAAAUUACACAGCCUUAGUUUGCGCCAUUGCAAAAGCCUCAAAUCUCUCCCGGAGCUUCCUCAAAGUCUAAAACUCUUGAAUGUUCAUGGUUGUGUGUCUCUAAAGUCAGUUCCUUGGUGCUUCGAACGGCUUCUGAUGCAUUGCACAUUUAGUAAUUGCUUUAGUCUGUCUCCAGAAGCGUUCAGAAUAUUUUUAGCGAAAGCUCUGGGUAUAGUUAAAUUUAAAAACAUGAAGAGAGAACAAGACCAGAAACUCAGCACAGAAACGGCAUUCAGCAUCUGUGGGCCUGCAUCUCAGGGUCUGAAAUCCUCAACUGAUGUGUUUGCAUCUCAAGGUUUGAAAUCUUCAGUGCAAAACGGUUCUUCUGUUGUGAUACGGCUAACUUCUUCCUUGAGAAAGGCUUUCUUGGGAUUUACUAUGUCAGUUGUAGUUUCCUUUCGAGAUAAUUACUACAAUGUCGCUGGUUUUAGCAUUAGGUGCACAUGCAUAAUGAAAAGGAAGAGUGGCCUCUCUAAUAGACUGGAGAAAGUUUUUCAUUUUUGGGCUCCUAAGGAAGCUUCAAAGAUUAAAAAAGAUCACAUCUUCGUCUUCUACGAUGCAGUAAUACUAAUUCCUUCUGAUGCCAGAGAAGGAAACAACCCUUACAUGUUUGAUGAACUAGUUAAAUUUGAAUUCCGACCUGUCGAUAGCCAGAACGAGGUUUUAGAUGAUAGUUGCAAAGUAAAGACAUGUGGAGUCUGUGUGAUUACUGAUGAAAGUGGUGAUACAAGUCUAGUCAAGACGAGAUUUUCUCCUAUUAAAAGAGAAAGAAGUGGAAAGAAGCUACUUGCAUCAUCAAUAGACACAGGAGGUUUUUCUUCAGGUUGGGAACCAAUGCCGCGAUCUAAGAGAGGUCGGUAUAGGAGAAGUGUUGAAUCUGCAUUCCUAAAGAUGAGAAAAAGGAAACGAGAAGAGAGUUUCUCUACAUCAAAUCAAAGCUCAAGCGGUACCCUUGCAAACGUAUCAAAGGAGCAAGAAAAAUAA